UUUAAGGUUUCAAGCGUAUAAGUGCCGUGGUGUAUUUCCCUCGCAUUUUACCUGUGAUACUUGAUUAUUUUUAUCCUGCCAGUGUAUUAUUCUUGCUGUGGUUUAAUCGUAAAAAACAAAAUGAAUAGUGCACCAUCUUUUAUGAGUUCUCAGGGUACAAGUGGUUCAUGCGCAGGUGCUAUCCGGGCGUUAACAUUGGAACUAAAAGGUUUGCAGACAUCACCUGUUGAAGGUUUUACGGUGACAGCCAAUGAGGACAAUAUGUUUGUGUGGACUGUCGCUUUGUAUGGCCCACCUGGAACGUUGUAUCAGGGAGGCUAUUUCAAAGCAGUUUUGAAAUUCCCGUCCAAUUAUCCAUAUGCUCCUCCAUCGAUCAAAUUCCUCAACAAAGUUUGGCACCCAAAUGUUUAUGAGAACGGGGAUCUCUGUAUCAGUAUUUUGCAUCCACCCGUUGAUGAUCCUCAUAGUGGUGAACUUGCUUGCGAACGUUGGAAUCCAACGCAAAAUGUUAGGACAAUUUUACUUUCGGUAAUAUCAUUGUUAAAUGAACCAAAUACUUCUUCGCCGGCGAAUGUGGAUGCAUCAGUUAUGUACAGAAAAUGGAAAGAAUCGGGUGGCAAGAAUGACGAGUAUGCACGUCUCGUAAGGAAGCAAGUCGAAGCAUCUCGUCUUGAUGCCGAAAAAGAUGGUGUGGUUGUACCGGAAACGUUAGAAGAAUAUUGCAUUAAAACAGCGCCUAAACCAAGUGACGAUUGUACAGAUGCCUUCGAUCUCGAUGAAGACUAUUAUGAUUACGGUGAUGAAAGCGAUGAUGAAGAAGAAUAUGAAGAAAAUGCUGAGGACAGUGGACAAGGCGAGAAUUGAUAGUAGAAUUUGAAUUAAGUUGAUCUGAAUUAUGAAAAUGGGAAUUUUUAAGAAAAAUUUUCAAAACACCUCACCGCCGCUCAAAAUUUAUCUUUUGCGAAGCAGAGUACUGUUUUUUUUUAUCUCUUUUCUCUCCUGUCCUCUUUCGUUUGUUUAUUCAUCUCUUUCCUGAUUUGAUUCGUUUGUUUGUUUGUUUGUUUUUUGAUCUGUCAGAGAAAAGGAGGUGAUAACAUCCGCGGAAAUCCUAUAUUGUCG